UGGCAAAACAUCAUCGCUUCUGUCUCAGAAUCUGUCGUCAUCCUCAAAUUCAACAAGUUGUUCAACUACGACAUCGAGUCCUCUGGAAUCUUCAAAACACUAGGCUUCAUUGUCGACACAAAAAUCGGUUUGAUCCUAACCUGUAAAAAAAUCAUAGGCAUUGGCCCAACAAAAAUCUUUGCUGUCUUCAACAACUUUGAAGAAAUCCUCAUCAAACCAAUUUACAUUGAUCCUGUUCACGACUUUAUGUUCCUAAAAUAUGAUCCUUUGAAAUUGAAGUUCUUGAAAGCAAACUGCCUAAAUCUCGUCUCAAAUCCAAACACCAUCAAACUAGGCUUGGAGUUUAAAAUAUUCUGCUUGAACAACAACAACUUGAAAAACCUAAACAACCUCAAUGAUCUAAACCAAUUUGAAGAAAACGAAAACACUCUCAACGUUUUAAGUGGCUUUGUCUCAAAAUUAGACUGUAACGCCCCAUUUUAUGGCCCACUAUCCUACAACGACUUUAACACUGAAUAUAUCCAGGGAUUGACCUACAACUCCUUCAACCUCUUGAAUAAAGACGAUCUUGACCAGAGAUUCUUAACCAGUGGCUCUCCUGUUCUUGACAUCAAUGGCAACGUUAUAGCUCUACAAACAAGCAGCUUCAUCAACAACAACGACACUUCCACCUCAACAAACUUCUUCUUACCUCUUUACAGAAUCAAUUACAUCUUCAAGAAAAUUCAGCUAAAUUUCAACCAAAACACCCUCUUCAAAACCAUCACUUGGGUCUUGAGAACUUUUAAUGAAUGCAGAAAAUUGGGCCUACAGUCCUCGAUUGAAAGUAUUGCUAGAGAAAAAUUUCCUGAUAUUAAUGGUCUACUUGUCGCAAAGGUCAUCUUGCCCUUUGGCCCUGCUUUCAAUAAAAUAAGAGAAGGCGACAUUCUAAUAUCCAUCAACAAUUACGACAUUUGCUCUCUAAUCCAAAUUGACGAAAUCCUUGAUAAUUCAAUCAACGAAAAAAUCUCCAUUGUCGUUGAAAGAUCUGGCGAAAAUAUCAAACUUGAAAUAAAAGUCCAAGACCUAUUCGACGUUAGUCCCUUGAAAUUUUUAGACGUUUCUGGCGAAACAUUCAAUAACAUUAGCUACAAUGUAGCAAGACAUUUUAACCUCCCUGUAAAGGGCGUAUAUUUACAUAAAUCAAAUGGCUCCUUUCUUGACAUUGAUAUCUCAAAUUGUAUUAUUGAUUCAGUCGACAACAACGAUAUUCUAACUCUAGAAGACAUGAUUGAAAUCAUCAAAAAAAUCCCUGACGAUAAAAAAAUCGCAAUAAGUUAUAGAUGCUUGAAAAACUUGAAUCGCCAGUAUUUCAAGAUAACAACAAUUGAUAAACAUUGGUUUAAAUCCUUUAGAGUUUAUGAAUUUGAUAUGAAAUCUGGUUUAUGGUUGUUUCAAGACUUGGACGAAAAAUACUACUUGCCAUCACUACCAAUCAAAAAACAACUCGUUCAUAACAUGAACUUUGAACUCAACUUAUUAAAGGACUUCUAUAAACAAAACUUCAACGUAUUCAACAUUAUCAAAAGUUUUGUAAAGCUUGAAAUUAGAUUUCCAUUUGCAAUCGACUCUUUCCCAAAAUCAAUCAAAAAAUGCUACGGUUUAAUCAUCGACAACAGCAAGGGUUUGGUACUAGUCUCAAGAUACUAUGUUCCUCACGAUUUUUGUGAUAUCAGCGUCGAAUUCAAUGAUUCGUUAUCCUUACCAGGAAAGGCAAUUUUUUUACAUCCAUUCCAAAACUAUACAAUUAUAAAAUACGAUCCUUCUCUUAUUUCAUUUGAAUCAAACUUCAUAUCUGCAACUCCAAAUUUCAGAAAAUCACCCAAUUUAAACACUAUUAAAAAGAAUCUAAGCGUAUUGUUUAUUGGAUAUGAUAUCAACUUCAAGCUACAAAUUAUUGAAACGAGAAUAAAAGAUGUCACUAUUUCUAAUAAUAUCGGCGUCAAUCCCUUCUCGCCUUACUAUAAAGGCUGCAAUAUUGAGCUUAUUAAAGUUGAAAACAACUACAUUCAAACAAAAUGCCAUAUGGGUGUGUUGUGUGACAUAAAGACUUAUGAAAUUAUCGGGUUAUGCAUUUUAGGUCGUCAACAAAAUGCAUAUAAUGAAUCUUAUAACAUGGGCAUAGAUAUAUAUCAUAUCAUUGGGAUCAUUAUGCAUUUCAGACAAUUCAAUAAAGUGCCUAAAAUAAGAAUUUUGGAAUGUGAAUUUAAUACAAUUUCCGUAUUGAAAGCUAGAAUUAGAGGUUUGACAGACGAAAGAAUUGGUUCCCCAUUGCCGCCAGAUGGCGAUGCUAUCAUUGUCCAAUCUAGCCAUGUGAAUAACCCAAAUACUAAUGUGAUGGAUAUUCCAACUUUGCAACCUAACGAUAUUAUUUUGUCCAUAAACGAGAUACCGGUCAAUAGAUUGGCUGAUUUGGACUUGAUGUAUUACAACAAAAUCCUUAAUUUUACUGUGGUUAGAAAAGAGUGUGAAUUGAGGUUCAGAGUUAGAACUCAAGAGAUGCAAAAUACUAACCAUAUUUUGAUCUGGUCCGGAUUAAUUUUACAAAAGCCUCAUUUGGCCAUAAGACAAAUUAUGAACAACAAUAACCGCUUUAAUUUAGCAAAUCCAAAUCAUUAUCAUCCAGGAUUGCCUUCAGGGAUAUUUGUUUCCGAUGUUUUAGAAGGCUCUCCUGGAGAGUUUUAUAACAUUCAAAAGAAUCAAUUCAUUACCCAUGUUAAUGAUAUUUUCACUCCAGAUAUUGAAAGUUUCAAAAAAGUUGUAUCUAGAUUCAGUAUUCUCAACCAUAAAUCGACUGAAAAUAUGAUGUCUUACUAUUUAAAAUUAAAAGUGAUUACGUUAACAGGAGUUGAAUUUGUUCUUCCUAUUCAACCAAAUUACUACUAUUCUCCUACAUUUGAGUUUAGAAAAGACUCGACCCAAAACUCCUGGUUU